AAUCGUGAUCCUAUUAUGUUCAUAACACCACCGUCUUUCAAACUCUAAAGCAGUUAAGAGAUCUGACACACAGUUUCACACACUCCUCAUCGAAAAUGGAACCUGACGCGAGCAUCGAAACUAGCAGCAUGAUCCGUGUGGCGGUCCUCCCCAUCGCCGGCAUACCCCCGCUUCUCUUCCGGGACUACGCUGCCAUGCUUCUACGCCACCACACCGUCUCCCUCAACUCCAUCAGCUCCUUCUACACUGAGCACCAGAAAUCCCCAUUUGCAAAUCAGCCAUGGGAAUCUGGUAGCCUCCGCUUCAAGUUCAUCCUCGGCGGAUCGCCCCCGUCUCCCUGGGAGGAUUUCCAGUCCAACCGCAAGAUCCUCGCGGUUAUCGGCAUUUGCCACUGCCCUUCCUCUCCGGAUCUCCGUUCCGUCGCUAAUCAAUUCGCUGCUGCUUGUAAGAGUUAUUCAUCCUCACUUGUUCAACGAUGCUUUGCCUUCUGCCCAGGGGAUUCGCAGCUAGAAGAGGAAAGUAACAAGGGGAGUAACUUAGUAUUGUUUCCCCCUGCUGAUCGGCAAACUCAGGAAUUCCAUUUGCAAACAAUGGUGCAAGAUAUUGCUGCCUCAUUGCUGAUGGAAUUUGAGAAAUGGGUUCUCCAAGCAGAAUCUGGUGGGACUAUUUUUAAGACACCUCUUGAUUCUCAAGCCAGUCUGAGCUCAGAGGAGGUCAUUAAGGCAAAAAAGCGGAGACUUGGUCGUGCACAGAAAACCAUCGGAGAUUACUGCUUGUUGGCUGGAUCACCUGUUGAUGCCAAUGCUCAUUAUUCUACUGCAUUAGAGCUUACCAGGCUGACCGCAGAUUUUUUCUGGUAUGCUGGGGCAAUGGAAGGCAGUGUUUGUGCAUUGCUGGUAGAUCAUAUGGGCCAGAAGGAUCCAGUUUUAGAGGAUGAGGUUAAGUAUCGAUAUAACAGUGUCAUUCUGCACUAUAGAAAAUCAUUCAUACAAGAUAAUGCUCAAAGGGUUUCACCUUUAAGCUUUGAACUUGAGGCCACAUUAAAGUUGGCCAGAUUCCUCUGCAGGCGGGAGCUAGCUAAGGAGGUUGUGGAGUUGUUGACAGCUGCUGCUGAUGGGGCAACAUCUUUGAUUGAUGCCAGUGACAAACUUGUAGUAUAUGUUGAAAUAGCACGGCUCUUUGGUGCACUUGGUUAUCAUCGAAAAGCUGCCUUUUUCUCAAGGCAGGUGGCUCAGUUGUACUUGCAACAGGAUAAUAAACUUGCUGCAACCAGUGCAAUGCAAGUCUUGGCAAUGACAACAAAAGCAUAUCGUGUCCAAAGUCGAGCAUCUAGUGAACCAGCUAGUGAUGCUGGACAAAGUUAUGCAGAUGGAGGAAAAAUGCAUCACCACUCCAUAGUCUCCUUAUUUGAGUCACAGUGGAGCACCCUGCAGAUGGUUGUGCUGAGAGAAAUUCUUCUCUCAGCUGUUCGUGCUGGGGAUCCUCUCGCUGCUUGGAGUGCUGCUGCACGUCUACUUAGGUCCUAUUAUCCUCUAAUUACUCCAGCUGGGCAAAAUGGUCUGGCCAGUGCACUUGCAAAUGCAGCUGAGAGACUACCGUUGGGGACACGGUGUGGUGAUCCAGCCCUCCCUUUUGUGAGGUUGCAUUCAUUCCCUUUACACUCAUCACAAAUCGACAUUGUUAAGCGCAAUCCGGCUAGAGAAGAUUGGUGGGUAGGGUCUGCUCCUUCAGGUCCAUUCAUUUAUACACCAUUCAGCAAAGGAGAGCCAACUCAUAACAAUAAGCAGGAGCUAACCUGGGUGGUUGGUGAACCAGUACAGGUGCUGGUCGAAUUAGCAAAUCCCUGUGGCUUUGAGGUGAUGGUUGAGAGCAUCUAUCUGUCUGUGCAGUCAAGAAAUCUUGAUGCUUUCCCUGUGAGUGUCAGUCUCCCACCCAACUCCUCAAAGGUGAUCACAUUAUCUGGAAUCCCAACCAAAGAUGGUCCAGUUUCUAUUCCUGGCUGCAUCGUUCACUGUUUUGGCGUCAUCACUGAACAUUUUUUCAAGGAUGUUGACAAUUUGCUCAUUGGGGCAACUCAAGGGCUUGUGCUUUCUGACCCUUUUCGUAGCUGCGGAGCAGCUAAGUUAAAAAAUGCACAUGUACCGAAUAUUUCGGUGGUACCACCACUGCCAUUGUUAGUAUCACACAUUGUUGGUGGUGAUGGUUCUGUAAUGUUGUAUGAAGGUGAAAUUCGUGAUGUAUGGAUUAGCUUGGCUAAUGCAGGCACUGUUCCAGUCCAGGAGGCACACAUCUCAUUGUCGGGGAAAAACCAAGACUGUGUUGUAUCAGUUGCUUCUGAUACUCUGAAGUCUGCCCUCCCUCUGAAACCUGGUGCGGAAGUGACAAUAUGUGUAACCUUAAAAGCCUGGCAGCUUGGCGUGAUGGAUGCUGAUGCUGCUGCCAGCAAGGGUGUGCCGGGGACCUCAGGGAAGCAAGUUAAAGAUGGAAGUAGCCCAAUGUUGUUGAUCCACUAUGCAGGUCCAACAACAAAUCCUGGAAAGCUACAAAUGGGGUCUGUUCCAGCUCCUGGGAGACGUCUGGUCAUUCCCUUAAACAUCUGUGUGUUGCAGGGCUUGUCUUUUGUAAAAGCUCGUCUGCUAUCAAUGGAAAUUCCAGCGCAUAUUGGUGAAACUUACACCAAGCUAGUCAAAUCAAGAAGUGAUGGCACUGCGCAGGAGAAUGGUUCUGAAAGAUCUGAUAGGUUCAUGAAAAUCGAUCCUUACAGGGGAAGUUGGGGACUGCGCUUCCUUGAAUUGGAGUUAUCUAAUCCAACAGAUGUUGUCUUUGAGACUAGUGUUUCAGUUGAAAUAGAGAACCCUAUCAACAAGGAAAGCCUUUCCGACCGUACAUGUGCAGAAUUUGGUGAUCCAAAAACAAGAAUUGACCGGGAUUAUACUGCUAGAGUGCUGAUACCACUUGAACAUUUCAAAUUACCUGUUCUUGAUGGCUCCUUUCUCACCAAGGGUUCCCAAAUGGAUGGGAUUACUGGUGGUCGAAGUUCUAGCUUCUCGGAAAAGAAUAUUAAGGCUGAGCUUAAUGCAUCCAUUAAGAAUUUGAUAUCCAGAAUUAAAGUCAGGUGGCAAUCUGGACGCAACAGUUCAGGAGAAUUAGAUAUCAAAGAUGCAAUACAGGCUGCAUUGCAGGCUUCUGUUAUGGACGUGCUACUUCCAGACCCCCUGACAUUUGGCUUUAGGCUUGCUAAAAGCAGUUCAAAUAAUUCUGCAAAUCUCAAUCCACCAAAGCAGGCUGACAUGCAGGUCUAUUGUGCAUCUGGAGGUUCCAUCAUUGCACAUGACAUGACCCCAAUGGAAGUGCUGGUACGCAACAAUACCAGGGAAACGAUUAAGAUUAAUCUCAGCGUAACAUGCAAAGAUGUAGCUGGUGAGAACUGCAUCGAAGGCGACAAGGCCACCGUUCUGUGGGAAGGUGUUUUGACUGGUAUUAUUAUGGAGAUUCCUCCUCUUCAAGAAAUCAGGCAUAUUUUCUCUCUCUAUUUCCUGAUCCCAGGCGAGUACACAAUGUCUGCUGCUGCUGUGAUCGAUGAUGCUAAUGAAGUUCUUCGAGCCCGGGCUAGAACUAAUUCAUCUGAUGAGCCAAUCUUCUGUCGUGGACCACCUUUUCAUGUUCGAGUGAAUGGAACUGCAUGACUUCUGUUACUUGUUUAUAUAUUGGUUUAGUAAAUGCUACAUUUGUGCCCCAUCUUCCUUGUCAUAUCAUACCUAACUUGUUACACAACUGAUCCCAAUUUUCCUCAAUGAUUCUGGAAGGAUGGCAAGAUAAUCAUGUAUCAUUUGAGUGCCUCAGUUCUAUUCCUGACAUGCUUCAUUCCUUUACGAAGCAGGUGACAUUUGAUUCACUUGUUGUAUAUCUGCUGGUGUAAGGCUGGUGUCUCAAUCCAUCCGAGUUCUGAAGCUUAGAGGUUCUGAAUUCUGGAUAUGAAAUUAUUUGUUACUUA